AUGCAUUAUACACAUGAUGAUUUGCAAUCUCAAGGCUCUUUAUCGUCUUCAUCAUCCGUUUAUUCAUCAUCCACAUCCAGCUCAUCAGCAGAUGAUCAUUUUUCAACCAUUUCCUCCACGCAAUACACAUUGAAUCAAGUAUUGUCGAAUCCCAAAUUACUAUGUGCAUUCGAAUGCUUUCUUCGACAAACAUGGUCUCACGAAAGCUUGCUGUUCAUUGAGGCAAUUACACAAUUAAAGCAUGAGACAGACGCCAAAGCAGUUGAGGUCACACUUCACAGAAUAUACAAGACAUUUCUUGCCAGAGGAUCACCGCUGGAGCUCAAUGUCACUACACAAGAUCAGGUCAGAGAAGACAUACGAUCAUUAGAAUGGGCCAUUGUAGACAGAGUCGAUGCUGUUACUAUUUUAGAAGAGACAGAAGCACAAGUUAUUGACAUGCUGAAAUCUAAAUUGGCCGAAUUUAUCCAAACAAUGGAUCUUCCAACUGGAAAUGUCAGUCCAACAAACAUUACACAUCAGCAAGUCAGUGUAGUCAUCAUUGGUGGCGGAUUCACUGGAUUUACAGUUGCCUCAAUUCUCGACCAAAUGCCACGUUUUUAUGUUACAUUAAUUGACACAAAAGAUUCGUUUGAAUAUACACCGGGCAUCGUCAAAAAGAUUAUCAACCCUGAGCAAACAAGCUCUCUCCGAGUUCGACAUGAUGCCUAUGUCAAGAAUGGCAGAGUCAUCAUUGGCUAUGCAGAAGAUCUCGCAAAUGGCGGUAAAUCAGUUACUGUCAAUGGUGAAGUGAUCUAUUUUGAUUACCUCGUUGUGGCCACGGGCAGCGCCUACUCAUCGCAACUCAAAUCGACUGAUACUUCAUCCUUGUAUCGCAUGUCUGGUUUAGAGGAAUCUUAUUUAGAACUCUUAAAAGCUCGCAAGGUCCUCAUCAUUGGUGGUGGCCUGGUCGGCUGUGAACUCGCUUCUGAGAUAUCCCAGCAUAGGUUUCCUGGUGCUUACUCAAAGAAGGAUGUUACCCUAGUGGACUCCCAUACCAAUGUUGUGAACCGCAGUGAUCCUCGUCAACAAGCUGUAGCAAGCAAAUACCUUCGAGAUCUCGGCGUCACCGUUGUUUGCAACGAAAAGAUCUUGGACUUUGACUCGUCCAAUGACAAUGUAUACCUUGGUUCUAGUGGUCGCGUCUACUCUGGCUAUGACAAGGUCUUUAUCGCCACCGGUACUCGCCCUAACAGCAACUUAUUCACAUCAAGUGUGAGUGAUAGCUCUCUUGACAACUGUCUGGAUGCCUGGGGUCGCAUCAAAGUAAAGGCCACUCUCCAAAUAGAUCAUUACAAGUAUGACCAUAUCUUUGCUGGGGGAGAUGUCACCAAUGUUGUUGAAGAAAAGACGGGUUAUGCUGCUACCAUUUCCGGUGUUUGCAUUGCUCGUAACAUCUGCAGACUCGUAAAAGGCAAAGCACCUCUUAAACAGGGUACAAAGGGCACACUCCCUGCUCCCCAUAAGCCAUUGCAUGGUAUGCUCGAACACGGCGGUAUCGGAAAGCAAAAUCUCAACUCCAUUAAGAAACGAUUUUCAUUCCUUAAUCCCUCUUGGGCAGCGCUAAAAUAUUUUGACGAACAACAGUUCUUGAAGAUUGUACAGGGCCAGGGAUCCAUCAACUCAUCUCAGGUCCUGGGCCGACUUCCUAGAAAACUGAAUUUACCUGUCCAAGCACAACCACCGCAAUUGCAGCACUCUAGAUCAAAGUUUCAAAAGAGCAGCAGCUCAGUAGUAACAUCUCCUCCCCCAUCCAUGCUCAGCAGAACCGCUUCUACCACAGUUCAGAGACAACCUAGCACAUCCUCUAAUGCAAAGUACGGCAGUGCUCCCAGUCUUCGACCUAGAAGCUCCAGUCAAUCUCAGCAUCAACUGUAUACCAGUUACAGAGUAGAUGCACUCAAACAGCAACCCAGACCAUCUUCGAGUAACAGUAAUUUAAAAAAUAGAUAUGCUGCUGCCUCUCCUACUCCUGAAAGACGUAAUACAGCACAUUCUCAAUCCAGCAUCAGCAAAAGUCAGAGUACCGCCACUCCGGUGUCAUCUGAAAAGAACGUGAAAUCCUUGGAAGGUCUUUUGUUUGAACAUUUCACGUAUGGAGGCGAAGACAUCCAAUUGUUUGCCGGUGCCAAUCAACCUGCUACCACUGCCAGCAGCCCUCAUCCUACCACUAGAUCACAUUCAUCUGCUAGUGUACAUAAUCCUUUUCCUACCACUACUACAAUGGAAAGAAGAGAAAUGAGCACAAAACGGGAAUCACCACAACCCAUGACAUAUGACAAGGAUUUCCAGCUGUCUCCACCUCCUCCCAAGAGAAGAGCAAGUUUAACAACCACAUUCAGCUCGCUUUCAUGUUAUGAUUCCAAGCAAGCAGUUAAACUGACCAGAUCGCCCUCAUUCUCUUCGAUUAUUCAAAACAUUUAA